ACAUAAUAAUUGAAAGAAUGGUCACAAAAUGGCAAUAACUGUCCAAAUUGCUUUCACAUUUGCAUAAAAUCACUAUUCACACCCAAACACCAACAAACAAAUCCACCAUUUUUGCACCUUCAAAACCCUCCAUACCACCAUUCAUUUCACAUCAAAUCAAAUCAAAUCAUCAUUUCUGUGAUCCGACGGUUGUAGUCCGCCCUGAGAUGUGGAAAUCUCGCCGGAAAUCCAUCAGUGAAAUCAACAACAUCAACGGUUCCGAUUCAAUCCGUACAUCAUCUCCGAAUCACAACUUCACUCAUUCAUCGUUAAAAGACGUCGAAACUCUCUUUUCCGAUGACGUCACUAAUCGCUUUGACAAAACCCUAGGUCAACCGUCACCGUGUUCCGCCACCGCCACCCCCACCGCCACCGCAACGGCCACCAGAAGACUAUCAAUAUUCCACCGAGUUCACCUCGCUAACAAAAUCACGCGCGCGUUCUCCACAAAUCAAAGCCCUAAUUCCACCAAAUCUCAACCGGAUUCACCAAAACCUACAAAAUCAACAAAUUCUACAAAAUCUGUAAAAUCCGACCGUCAGAUCUCGAUUCCUGGAGCCGAAAAACGCGUCAUACUCUACACAACAAGCCUGCGAGUGGUCCGGCCGACGUUCGAAGCGUGUAGAAGCGUUCAAUCGAUCUUACGAGGCUUCCGCGUGUCAAUCGACGAACGAGAUCUAUCAAUGGACUCCAGAUUCUUACAGGAACUGCAGAAUAUCAUGUCAGAAUCCGGUGAGUUUGAAGAUGAAGACGAGAUUGACAAGACGAAGUUGCAGUUACAGUUACCUAGGGUUUUCAUCGGCGGAAAGUACAUCGGAGGAGCGGAGGAGGUGAAGCAGUUGCAUGAAACCGGCGAGUUGAAGAAGUUUGUUGAGCGGUUACCGGCGGUUAGUGGUGGUGUGUGUGCAGUUUGUGGUGAUUUCAGGUUUGUUGUGUGUGAUGAGUGUAAUGGAAGCCGGAAGUGUUACAGUGACAAAGGUGGGUUUAGGAGUUGUACGUUGUGCAAUGAGAAUGGUUUGGUUAGGUGUACGUGUUGUUAGAUGGUAUAGAGAUAGUUGUUGUUAGCAAUGUUUUGGAAACCGGCCGGUUCUACCGGUUAAACCGUCCGGUAGAACUGGUCAAACUGCCUGAUACACCUGGUUAAACUGUUUCUGAGUCAAAUCCGGUACGGUAUAAAAACGGAUUUUGAAACAUUGGUUGUUAGUGAGAGGGUUUAUUUUGUUUAAAUGAUGAUUAUUACAGAGUUGAUUCUUGAAUUUGAUUUGUUUUGUGAUUU